GCUCGAACUCGUUGGAAGUGGAUAGCUUACACCAGCUGCUCUGAUAGAACUUACAGCAAGAAGUGGACACUAACAGCAACACGCUGCUGGGAUUUUUCGUUAUUCCUUGGUCCAACCCGUGCUUGAAAGGCUAGACGCACAACUCACCCCUGCACAUGGCGGUAAGUUUGCUUUUACCCACGAGACACCUACAGUUGUCUGAGGUUACAGGGAACAUGAUUUACGUCUGAUCAGGUUUGGAAGAAUAAGCAGAAGUAGAAUGAAAGAUGGGAAACAAAGGAACAGAGUGAUCAAUAUGCACACUCCUCGUAAACGUAGUGGGAUUGUGGGGCAUAUGAAUUCAUGUAAAUCUGCUCUCUCUGCUGAAAAUCAACACAGUUUAACAUUGCAAUCUGCAGAGCACAUGAGCAGUUCAAUAUUGAGGAGUUUAUCAUAGGGAAUGAAUGCAUAACUAGAAAAUGUGCUAAAUAUGCAAUCUGUCUGAUGAGUUGCCCGCCUAUUUUUGAUGUCUGGAUAACAUUUAGAAAUAUCUGGGAUCGAUUAAAGGCACAAAGUGUCAGGUUUUGUCAAUCAAUAUUGGAAAUCAGGUCAAAUCUCAAAAGUCUGGAUGUGGAAAAAGCAGUUGAUGUGCAGGUAACAGUUAAUAGUGAGCUCAAUAUCUAGUAUCAGUGGUUGUGACCAAUAUCUUCAUUCUCAGUGUGCUGCGUGUAUCUAACACGUCUUGAUUAUCCCUUUAAUGCCUUUUGUAUCAUAUUUGAUACUACUUUUAUAUAUUUCUAUCAAAUCAAUAUGAUCAACAAAUUGCUUAAAAAAACACCUGAAUAUAGUCUGAUAAAUGAUAAAAAUGUCCUCUUGUUGUUUUUCAGUUUCCAAAAACAUCUAAUGUAUCAAACAAGAUAAAUAAAUACAUUUGUUAAAUUUUGAGGACAUUUUGAUUAUUUUGGUUUUCAGUAGUAAGUGAAAUGAACAUUUCAACUCCCCAAAACGUUUGAAUUUUCUGGCCAUAAUUUGUGGUGUCAGGCAUUAAAGGGUUAAAUCAUUAGAGGAAAAUAGUCAACUCUGAAAGAAACCUGGUCAGUAAAGAUAAUAAUGAAAUAAUCAUAUUUUUUUACAAUCUUGUUUUAUUAAUCUAUUUUUAUGUUUUAAACAGCACAUUACUAUUUGUGAUUUGUGUUAGAAAAUUGGUGUAAAAAGUGUGGACUGUAUCCAUUACAUCUGUCCCUCACAGUUUGUCAACACUAUCUUUCCACCUUGUUGAAAUUCAAUGUAAGCGAAGCUCUCAAUGAAUUUCAGUGUAGGUGAAGCUCAUAGAUUUGGAGUGCCUUCUCUUAAUGAGCUGCUGUGCUAUUUAUCCUGAGAGGUUUAUAUUUCCUUCCUUCCGAUUUACUGCCUCUUCAUGGCCUCUGACUCAUCCCUCCAGUCCCUCUCUGUUUCCCUUUUCUUGCUCCAAUCAGCGCUGAUCUUCAGGUUGGAUGAGCGGAAUGUGUCUACCUGAAGAUGAAUACCUCUCAGUGUGACUCUGCAGCCCUCAUGUACCACCUGACCACAGACCACAAGCCGAACACCAGCUGCAACAUCUCCUUGCCCCUGGCUAAUCGGACUGUGGGGGGCGGCGCCCUGCAGCUGCCAACGUUCACCAUGGCAGCCAAAGUUAGAGUCGUCAUCACCUGCAUUCUCUGCUGUGUAUCAGCCUUCUGCAACCUGGCGGUCCUGUGGGCGGCGCACUCUGAUAGGAAGCGGAAAUCCCACGUCAGGGUGCUGAUUAUCAACCUGACAGUGGCUGACCUGCUGGUCACCUUCAUUGUUAUGCCUGUGGAUGCUGUGUGGAACAUCACGGUCCAGUGGCUUGCAGGGGACUUUGCCUGCAGGUUUCUGAUGUUCCUCAAGCUACAGGCCAUGUACUCGUGCGCUUUUGUCACCGUAGUGAUCAGUCUGGACCGGCAGUCAGCCAUCCUGGACCCUCUGGCUAUCAGUAAGGCCAGGACAAGGAACAGAGUCAUGUUGAUCGUGGCAUGGAGUAUGAGUAUCCUGCUGUCAGUCCCUCAGGUAAGCUGUGGACAUGGGUCAGAGGUCAGCUCUGAUUUACAUUCAGCAAAAGAAGAAACAGGUUUUCAUGAAAAGCUGUCAAAGAGAAAGUGGUCUUUUCAUGCUUCAGGGAACAAGGACACUCUUGACUGGUUCAUAAAUAAUGCUUAUGAUAUUUGAGGCUGCCUGUCGUCCUCAAAUCACCAGCCUGAAAGAAACAAAGAAAAGCAAUCAGUGUUUCAUGCCAUUAUGCAAUUUUAAUGGUCUUUACAAAAAAAUGCAGAUUAUUUAUUCCUUUAAUCCAUCAUCUAUACCACUUAUCAUGAUCUCAGCUGUUGUAUGGUGAAAGAUGUGGUAGACCCAGGACCUGUCAUUAAGCACACAGACAGGGCCGGAUACAAAAAUAUGAUGUGAACUAUCCACCAACAUCCUAACCGCUCUAAUCGUCUCACAUAGGCUGAUGAUUAAAAUGUAUUUUUGUCCUUUUUUGUAAAGUUCAGUUAACACACGGGUCCAAACCUGGGGAAACACAAACUGGCACUGUUAAAUUCAAAGGGAUAAAAAAAAAAGACAAACACAUGAUUGUUUUGUGGAGGGGUAUACUUUAAUAGGAAAAAAAAAGUUAUAUAUUUACAUUAAAUAAAUGUUUUUUUUAUUUUUUUAUUUUCAGUUAUUCCUUUUUCACAAUGUUACCAUCGUCCAUCCGGAGGACUUCACUCAGUGUACCACCCUUGGAAGUUUUUCCUCUCAUUGGCAUGAGACAGCUUACAACAUGUUCACUUUCUCCUGCCUAUUCCUGCUGCCGCUGGUCAUCAUGAUCACCUGUUACACCAGGAUCUUCUGUGAGAUCUCAAAGCACCUGGGAAAAGGCAACUGUGAGUUCAGAUAUGGAAAAUGUGUGGAUAAUUUUAUUGAUUAGCUCUUGUGUGGAUAAGUGGCUGCACAGAAAGUUCCAUCUUCUUUAGCUUUAAGAAACAUCCAUGAAUGAACAAUCUUUGUUUAUAAAGCGCCAAAUCACAGCAAAUGUCAUCCCAAGAUACUUGACAAAGAGAGCAGGUCCAGACCUUACUCUGUGUUUUAUAAAUAAAGAUAUCCAUCAUGUUGUAAACAGCAAAUAGAAAGGAACAUUUUUGCCAUGGUGUCAACAAGCAGAGGUGAAAUACACCAGGCUCCUUCCUGCAUAUUAAUUAUGUCAUUUGUUUUGUGAUCAGAUUGUCUCGGCAACACGAGGUUGUUGAGAAAUCAGUUGUAACAAGAUUUCAACCAAUUAGAAUUUAGAUGCUGUGAUGAGGAAUUAUAAACUUUAAUUCAGUUUGGGUGUUUAAAAAUGCUUAAAAACAAGUGGAUAAAAAGGAUCUUUGACUUAAAAAAAGGUGAUUUUAUGUUAUGGUUUCAAUUUGCUUGACCUAGAUCUUAAGUUAGAUGAAAAUCUGUCUUAAUAAAAGAACUUAUCUGCUAGAAAUAUUAUAGUAUAUUUAAAACAAACUAACAAAUACAUAUAUAUGUAUUUGUACAUGCAUAUGUACUGACAUGAUUCAUGUGUACUGACAUCCAUUAGCAUUCUAAUUAUAUUUCAUUUCCAUCCUUUAUUCUGCUCAUAGCACUCCCAAAUGAAGUACACCUACGCCGGUCAAAGAAUAACAUCCCUAAAGCACGGAUGAGAACUCUUAAAAUGAGCAUUGUGAUUGUUUUGUCCUUCAUUAUAUGCUGGACGCCGUACUACCUGCUGGGUCUUUGGUACUGGUUCUUUCCAGACGACCUGAAGGGAAAGGUCUCACAGUCACUGACCCAUAUCCUGUUUAUCUUUGGGCUCAUCAACGCCUGUCUAGACCCCAUCAUCUACGGCCUUUUCACCAUUCACUUCAGCAAGGGGCUCCGGAAGUAUUACUGCAACAGCGCCUUGUCAUCAGAGCUGGAAAACAACACAGUGAUAACCGAAUCUUUGUCCUACACUGCCAACUCUUUGUCCUUCACUGCUAACUCUUUGCCAAUGAAAAGGGAGGUGAGUCCAAGCCAGGAAAGGUUCAUGUUGUUUAGUAACAGCAAAACAGAGUCUUCAUCACAGAGAAGCAGUUUUUUUAAUAUUGAUGCAGAGAGAGAUCCAGACUAGUCCGGCCCUGAGAGCAUUAUUUGAGGAGAGUACAGGCGGAGACUUAAAUCAUUUCUGUCAAUGUGUUAAAACCAAUUUAACUGUGUUAUGUGUUUGGUCAUUGUGAUACUUGACUGAUUCAUGUAAUGUUGGCUAGUUUUGUUGUUGUAUUGGCCAAAAGAAAAUAGAUGACUGCAAUUUGUCAGAAGAUGCUGAACUUUACAUCUGAGAAGAGUGCUCUUCAGAGAAGACACAGAUAACAUUACUAAAUAGACAAGCUUCUCGUUUUGGAGAAAUGGUCAGUGCUCUGUGAUUUGUAACCUGUGAUCAUCACAAAUUACAUGUUUCUACCAGGAUUUGAAGUGUCUUUGUAAAUGUGUUUCAGACAGUACAAAAGGUUCACACUCAAGAAAACCCAUCUGAAAAGAAAUAUUGAUGCAAUUUUGUUUUGCAUCGCAAUACCAAGUCAUUUCUGUGCUGGUCUGGUUUCUGUGUCUGCAGUGAGAGACAGAGUGAGGCCAAAAGAUCCCAGAGGAG